AUGAAGAUACACAUUUUUAGACGUAUAUUACACACUAUAUUAAUUCGAAUAAAUCAAAAAACAUUUCGUCAAAAUUUAUUGAUUAGUUUGGGAAUUUAUUCAGUUAUAUCCAUUAUAUAUGUCUACCGUGUAGCAUUAUAUGGUGAAGAAGAUUCAUUUAAUUCAUUCUUUAAACCUCUUUUUGUUAUAAUACCUUUAUCCUUAAGUACAGGCACCAAUACUAAAAUAUUAACAUAUCCAACCAAUUUAACCGAAGCAACAGAAUUAUAUGAAAAACUAAGAUAUGAUACAUCAGGAAGAUGGAUUGAUGAAUACUAUUUAAAAUCAAAUCUAUUGACUGUAACGAUAGGUACUGAUAAAGGUAAAAUAUUGAAUUCUGUUGAUGACUUACAAUUUUAUAACAGUGAUCCAAGAUUAGUUUGGUCAGUAUAUUUGAAUAAUGUUAUGAAUUAUGGAGUCACAAAUGAUUAUAUUAUGCCUUUCUCAUGGUAUGAUUUUGCAGAUUUUACUAUGUAUAACAGAUUAAUCUCAAUAAAGGAGAAACAUUCAAGUACUAUACAAUGCUCUAUUCUAUUACAUCCCUCAUUCGAUAAAACUAAUUUAGAAAGAUGGGAAAAAGAUAUAGGCGAAGAAUUAUUCCAUUCGGAGAGAUUUAAAUACGAUGAUCCCUUUUGGUACAGAUCCUCAAAAAGUUUUACUAAUGUCGCUGUUAAUGUUCCAUCGAAUUAUUGUGAAUUAUUACCAACGAAUAAUACUCAUUUCAAUUUACCAUUAAAUUUAACGGCAUCUAUGGAACGUGUGAGACCAGAAGUAUUUGAUCUACAAGCAAGACACUAUCUUUUAAACACAGUUCAUAACCCAUUAUCAAUAACAUUACUGCAAAGUGAUGAUUAUGUCUAUCAAAUCGAUGUUAAACAAGAAGAUCGUUCCAAUAUGGCCGAAAAUAGAAUGUUACAUGAAUAUAUCGAACAACAACCUCGUGACAAAAUUAAUCAAGAUAUAAAAUUCGAUCAUGAUGCAAUGUAUUCCAAUUUCAUAUCAAGUGACAUAUCAGAAAAAUUUAAAGUUACGAUUCCAGGAUUAAAUAAAAAUGUUUAUGAUGAAGAUUCUGUGAAUCUCGAACUUGAAGAUUUUAAAUUUGAUGCCAAAGGUAAGAUAACGGAACUGAAGGGAAAAGGUAUAUCGAAUUUAACAGCUCAUGAUAAGCAUUAUCUUGAGAGUUUAGAGGUUUCGAUUAACACUCAUCCAUCAAUGGCUUCAAAAUAUUUCAAAGAACCUGGUGGGAUUGUUCAAUUCAAAUCUAUGGGACACCACAGGGAUCAGAGAUUUUUUCAUGGAGCAUUAAUAUAUGAGCAAGUCGAAUAUUCUGCAAAGCUGAAUUCAAUGAUUCGUACUUUUCAAAAAUUCAUUAAAGCGAAUGGCCUUAUCUCUUGGUUAUCUCAUGGUACGUUAUAUGGUCAAUUAUAUAAUGGUUUAGCAUUCCCAUGGGACAAUGAUUUUGAUUUACAAAUGCCAUUAAAACAUUUGCAUUAUAUGGCCCAAUACUUUAAUCAAAGUAUAAUCAUGGAGGACCCUAGAGAAGGUAAUGGGAGGUUUUUACUUGAUGUUGGUACGUCUAUUACUGUGCGUAGACAUGGUAAUGGUUUUAACAAUAUUGAUGCAAGAUUUAUCGAUAUCAAUUCUGGUCUGUAUAUUGACAUCACAGCUUUAGCAGUCACCGCCGAUGUUAUUCCAAUAAGAAAAUUUGAUUUCUAUGAUAUGGAAAAAGCCAAAGAUAUAAAACUGUCAGAUGAAGUUCAAAAUCCAACAAAGGAAGUGAUAGACAAUUACUAUGAUGCCUACACUGGUCUAGCAAAAUUAUCCAUUGCUCAACUAAGAGAUUAUGUCGCCGAACAUCAAAGAGAUUUUGAUAUAAACAGUGUUGAUCAAAUAAUGAAGAUUUAUAACGAUGAAAUUAAAAACUUACCUACUGCGGACACCGUAUCAAGGAACCUUACAGAAGUUCAACGUUAUAUUUUUAAUGAAAAAUUAACUAUGGUCAAUUGUAGAAAUAACCAUUUUAACACUUUGGAAAUGUUAUCUCCCUUAAAACCAAGUAUGUUUCACGGUGUACCUGUCUUAGUACCACACAAAGUGAUAUCAUCUAUGAAGAUAGAGUAUACGGUUUCUCCUAUAUAUGGUUAUAAUGCUUAUGAAAUGCAUACAUUCACCGCCAAAUUAAAUCACUGGGUCCCUAAUUCAAUUAUGAAUAUCAUUAGAAAUGUUGUUAAUGAUAACUCCUUGUUUCCAGUACAUUCCAAUCUAAAGACAUUUAGGUUCAAUGAUUUACUUAGUGUAUUUAAAAAUAUGCUAAUUUCUAGGGAGUUUGAUACCUUUACUGUGAUACACAAUGCCUUUGAUACUGUAACAUAUCGUCAAAAAGAAAUAGAGAUAGAAUAUGACAAUAAAAUGAGUGUUGAGGAUAAAAAGAAAUAUCUACAACAAUUAAGGACAGAAUUUUCUAAGAAUAUGAACUCUCCUGCUAAGGAUCCAAUGCUGUUACAGUAUGAACAAUCCUUAUGGGAUAGAUACGAAAAAAACGCAGAUGUUAUUGAGAUAGAUACAUUAGUUAAUACAAUCAAUGAGAAAAUAUUAAAACAGAGAUGGAAGGCAUAUAGUAUGCUUUAUGAAAGAACAUAUUUCAAGAUUGAUGAUCAAUAUCUGGAUAAUAUUGGAUUAGAAUUGUUUGAAAAUUCAAAAGAGGAAGGGGGGAAAAUAUUUCAAGGGGAUGCUUCCUUAGAUUAG